AUGUACGAAGUCAUUGUUCAUGCCGGUCCCAAGGCCGAACUAGUUCAAUCACCAAUUCCUUCUCCCAAAGCGGACCAAGUUGUCAUCAAGGUGGUGGUCUCUGGAAGCAACCCCAAGGAUUGGAAAACACCCAAUCUCUGGGGAUGGGAAGGCAUGAAUCAAGGAGACGAUAUUGCCGGAAUUGUGCAUGAAGUUGGAUCUAAUGUGGUUGAAUUUAAGGUUGGCGAUAGGGUUGCCGCAUUCCAUGAAAUGCGAACGCCUGGUGGUAGCUACGCAGAAUAUGCAGUUGCAUGGGCUCAUACAACGUUUCACCUUCCCAAGCAGACCUCUUUCGAGGAAGCAGCAACGAUCCCCUUGGCUGGGUUGACAGCCGCUCUCGGCCUUUUCGCCCGGUUGAGGCUUCCCACUCCAUUUGCAAGGGCGACAGAGCCGAUACCAACUAUAAUCUAUGGCGGCUCCACAGCCGUUGGGGCGUUUGCAAUCAAAUUAGCUCAGCGUGCAAACAUUCAUCCUCUCUUCGUGGUGGCCGGAUCCGGGUCAUCUUUCGUUGAUAAACUGAUUGAUCGCUCAAAGGGUGAUGUAAUCAUUGACUACCGACCAGGUCCGGCUCACCUUGUCGAGCAGCUGAACACAGCCAUCCAGAAUGUCGGCUUGACCAAGAUCAAAUACGCCCUAGAUGCCGUGACUACAGAACCCAGUUUCCAGGUUUUGGCUAAAGUAUUGGAUACCAACGGAGGGCGGUACACUGGAGUUUUGCCGUAUGACGAGAGCGUUUUCGCCUCCGGCAUAUCUCAUUCUACUACAACCGUCGGCAAUUCUCAUGCAUCGGAUGAAAAAGCACCUGGCGAUGCGGAUUUGGCAUUUGCCUUCAUUCGGCUUUUCGGAAAGGGGUUGAAAGAUGGUUGGUUCACCGGUCAUCCUUUCGAGGUUGUGCCUAACGGGCUGGCUGGUGUUGAAGAAGCACUCAGAAAUCUCAAAGAUGGGAAGAAUAGCGCGUUGAAGUAUGUAUUUAGGAUUGCAGACACACCCCAAUUGAGGGAAGAUCAACCCGGAAUAUAG